GUUCAGAAGAAAUUUCGCUUAUUUCUAAAACUUUUUAUUAUUAUAAUUCGUGAUUUUCUUGUUAUACGUAAUCUUUACUUAAUCAGUAUGAAAGCAUUUUACGACACAAAACAAUGACUAUGCAGGAAACGAUGUCUGAUCAAGAUCCUACUAAUUUGGAUCUAUCAAAGGUAGCAGCCUUACAGCAGAAGCGCACUUUAGCAUUUGUAAACCACUUUGUUUUAUCUACGAUUCAAUUUCUAAAUAACUUCAUGAAACAAUGUGAGCAACAACUCAUGCAGUUUGAAAGGAAGUUGGAGAAAGCCGAAGCGGCUUUGGUUAUAUUAGAGACGAGGCUAGCAUCAAUACCAGAAGUUGCAAAUACACAAACACCUAAAACAGAAGAUAACUCUGAAAAAGAUUCAUCAAAACCUCAUGAUAGUGAGCACCCGGAACCUCCACAAGCCAGCACCCCGAUGGAGGAACCCCCAGCAGAAGCUGAGACCCCAGCUCCAGCUCCAAGUCACCCUGAAUAUGACAGAUUUGUGAAGAUGGUGCAAGUAGGAGUGCCUCUGGAAGCUGUUAAGUUGAAAGUAUCUCUUGAGGGACUAGAUCCAAGCGUGUUUGAGAAAAUAGUCAAGAAAUGAGUUGUGUCUGUUGAAUGAAAUGUAUAUGAUCCUAAUACAGAUACUGUAUAUUUUUCUGU